AUGCCAUCAUCAGAACAACAACAACAACAUCAUAUAUUUCGUCAUGAUUUAAUAUCAACACCAUCACCAUUAUUUCCUACAAAUUCACAUAAAUCAAUUCUAACAAUAUCACCAGAACAGAUCCAUUUAUCAACAUCAACUAUUAUUACACUUGCUUGGAAUAUUUAUGAUAAUGUUAUAACAUCACAUGAUACAAUUGGUAUAUUUCUACCAGAUAAAUUGACAUUAGAUGAUGUGAUUGAAAAUAUUUAUACAAAUUUAAAUGCUCUUAAAAUUGGCCAAUAUCAUUGGCAUUGUACACAAACAUUAAUAAAUAAAUUAGUGAAUUUUGAUACUGUUUGUUUUCAAUAUUAUAAUUCAAUAAAUGGUGAAAUUAAAGCUCAAUCAUCUUUUAUACCUCUUAUUCAUGAUAAUAAUCAUAUACCAUCUAUUGAUAAUAUGACACGACCUAUAUCCAUAAAAAUCUAUGAUCUUCAUGCAACCAACUUACAGCGUGGAGUAUUUUUUAAACCAGAUCCAUAUAUAAAAGUUUCAUUAAUAGCUGGUCGUCUUCAUAAACAAUUACGAAUAUCAUCUCAUUUCUAUAAUCAAGAAAAGCGAACAAAUGUGAUACCAAAUACAUGUCAUCCAAAAUGGUACAAUCAAUCAUUUACAUUUCAAACAUUUCAUACAGAUUUAUUAGAAUUUGAAGUUAAAGAUAAAUUUGUUAAAACACGACCAACAAUGAAUCGUUUUCUUGGAAAAUUAACUGUUCAUAUCGGAUAUUUACUUGAUAAAUUAAAUAAAAAUACAUCAACAUUUGUAUUUAAUCUUCAACGACGUAAUUAUUCAGAUCAUGUUAGUGGAUGUUUAAUGUUUAAUGCUGCAUUUAUUCGAGGUGAAUCAUCACCUACGAUACCAAGACCAGUAACAACGGAUCGAACUCCAAUACCAAAUACAGUUGAAACAGAACCAGAAGUUAUUAUAAAUAACGAUAAUAAUCUUCCAUUGAUUACUGACAAUGAACAAACAAUAACUGAAGUUUUAUUAGAAGAAAAUAAUACAUAUGAUCAAAUAGUUACUCCAACAUCUUCUCCAUCAAAUGAACAACUAUUGAAUUCUUCAUCAACAGCAAUCAUUGACGAAUCAUUAUCACUAUCUUUAGAUAAUACUAUUAGAGACGAUGGAAUAACGACUGAUGCUAAUCAUAUGUUGUUGAAUAUUGCUUCCAAUCAACCAAUAAUAACUACUAGUACUACAACUACUACUACUGUACCAACACAUUGUUCUGUAACAUCAUCAUACCAAGGACAUAAUGAAGAACAUGAAGAAGAAAUAAACGAGAACAACAUCGAUGACAAUCAACAACGACAAGAAGUAGAAGCAGCAGCAGCAGAAGAAGAAGAAGGCGAGAAAGAAGACGCGUCGUCUCAUAAUUGCGACGUCGGAUCAAGUAAUACCGUUGUUCUUUCAUCGACAAAAAAGAAACUGAAACAUUGCUAUUCAUCAUCGACCUUACUCCCACCACUCAUCCCACGUUCGUCAAGUACAAUAACAACAACUGCAAUGAUUCGACAACAUCAUCAUGCACGUCAUGAUGCCUAUCGAACAUUACAAUUACCUGUUAGUUCAACAAAUAAAAUGUUAAUUGUUAAACCUAAUGGUCAACAUCAAUUGAAAAUAACAACUACAACUGGAUCAGAAAAUAAUUUACAAACAACUGGAAAUCAUAUUCAUACUUCAGUAUAUAAUCAUCAGAAUAUUAACAACAGUUGUUUCAAUGAUGAUAGUGUUCGAACAUUAUCAAGAGAACUUCGUCAAGCAGCUCGAGAUCUUCAUCGUAUUCAAUCAAAAUAUGAACAAACAACUACAACAUCAUCAUCAGAUACAAAUCAUUCAAAUACUACUAUUAGUAAUACAAAUGGUUCAUCAACAGAACAAACAAGGAAAUUAAUUACACGCGAAUUACAAGAAUGGCAUAAACAACAAGUAUCAAAAUAUAAAAACUUACCUACAGAACCUCAAACAACAAAUGAACGUAUUCCAUCACCAGUUAUAGAUCAACAAGAAACAGAUACUAUGAUUUCAAGUAUACUUCCAUCGAAUGAAAACUCAAGACUAAUAGGUUCAUCUUCAUUUUUGAUUAAUGAAGAACCAACAAUUAUGACUACAUCACUAUCAAUGACUAAUACGAAUGACAUUUCAGUAUAUCAAGAUAUUCCACGAAUAAAUGAUUCGGCAUUUAUGAUGACAUUGCCACGUAAACCAGUUACAAUUGAUACAAGAACAGUAUCAUCAUCAUUAUCAUCAUCACCACCACCAUCAGUAACAAAUGAUCAUAAUGAUCCUCCAUCACCAUCUCUACUUAGUGCUUCGCCUCCUUUACCUACCGGAUGGGAAACUCGAAUCGAUCAGUUCGGUCGUCCUUAUUUUAUUGAUCAUAAUAAUAAAACAACAACAUGGCAACGUCCAACAAUCAUAUCACAAUUAACUGUUUCAACUCCUCGUCUUCCACUAGCUACUGUUGCAGUUGCUACUGUCCCUUCUACUACAACUACACUUACUAUUCCUAGUAAUUCAUCUCCAACAAUUGAACGUGAACGAAUGGAUAAACGUUAUCAAAGUAUUAGACGUACAACAACAAAUCGUACAACAAGUUCAUCUGUUAAUGAUUCAUCUAAUAUUCUUUCUCCUGAUAAUAGUAAUUUAAAUCAUCCAAAUAAUGAUAUUUCAUCAUCUUCUUCAUCGUCAUCAUCGGUUUCAUCAGCAACACAAACAUCUGAUGAAUAUAUUCGAUCAACUCCAGCUUUAAGAUUUAUUUGUCGAUCUGAUUUUUAUCAAUUUUUUAAAACACAUCGUGAAGCACGUCAGAUGACAAAAUCAGAUUCAUUAGCCGGUAUUCUACAACGUAUUCGUCAUGAUCCAUUGUUAUUUAAAAGAUAUCAACAUAAUAAAGAACUUGUACGUUUUCUUAAUUUAUUUGCUGAUUCAAAACGAAUAUUACCAUCUCGUUGGGAUAUUAAACAUGAUGAUAGUGGAAAAGUAUUUUUUGUUGAUCAUAAUACACGUUCAACAACUUAUAUUGAUCCACGUUUACCAGUUGAUGAUGAACAACCACAACAACAACAAGCAAUUGCUGCUAUUGCAUUACCAAUAUCAAGUAGAAUCGAAGAAAACUCUUCAACAGCAGCAGCAGCAUCAUCAUCAUCAGCAGCAACAGCUCGAACAAAUAAAAAACAACAAGAACUUAUUCAAUUAACUUAUAACGAAAAAGUUGUAGCAUUUAUGCGACAAUCAAAUAUAUUUGAAUUACUUAAAGCAAAUCAGCUCGUACCAUUAACUAGUAAACUACGUGAAAAAGUUCAAUUAAUUCGUGUUGAAGGUGUUAGAGCACUUGACACAUUAUCAAAUUCUGUAGAUUUAAGUCUUCUUAUUAGUGUCUUUCAUGAAGAUAUUAUGUCUUAUGUUCCAACAUUAACGCAAUCAAAUAUCGUUACAACAUCACAAUCAGUUUCAUCAUUUAUUUCACCACCACCAGCAGUAUCAUCAUCAUUAUCAUUAUCAUCAUCAUCCACAUUUGUUGUUGAACAUGGAAAAUCUGCAUCAUCUCGUCGUACAUCAAAUCAACAAUCAACAACAUCAGCAUCAUCUUCGUCGUCACGUCGACCAUGUUUUCAACAGAAAUUACGUGCUUUCUAUAAAAAACUUGAUUCAAAAGGCUAUGCAACAGGUCCAGCUAAAACAAAAGUAUCUAUAUCAAGAAAUAAUCUUCUAUCGGAUGCAUUUGAAAAAUUUAUGAAUCAAAUACCUAAAAAAGAUCUACAACGAAAUAAAUUAUUUAUUACAUUUACGGGUGAAGAAGGUCUUGAUUAUGGUGGACCAUCAAGAGAAUUUUUUUUACUUAUGUCAAGGCAAUUUUUUAAUCCAUAUUAUGGUUUUUUUGAAUAUUCAGCCAGUGAUCAAUAUACAUUACAAAUUAGUCCAAUGUCAAAAUUUAAUGAUAAUUAUACAGAAUGGAUGCGUUUUGGUGGGCGAAUGCUCGCUGUGGCAUUGAUAAAUCAAUAUCUUGUUGAUGCAUUUCUUGUUCGUCCAUUAUAUAAAGCUUUAUUACGUGAACAUCAAACAUUUACAUUAGCUGAUUUAGAAUCUCUUGAUCCGGAAUUUUAUCAAUCAUUAUUAUGGAUAAAAGAAAAUAAUGUUGAAAAUCAAGAUCUAUAUUUUUAUGUUAAUGAAGAUCAAUGUGGUAAAAUAAUUGAAAAAGAAUUAAAACCUGAUGGAAAAAAUUGUCAAGUUACAGAACGUAAUAAACGUGAAUUUCUUGAUUUAAUUAUAAAAUGGCGUAUUGAACGUGGUGUACAAGAACAAAUCGAUUAUUUUGUACGUGGAUUUUAUGAAAUAAUUGGUGAUCAUAAAUUAAUUUCAUCAAUGUUUGAUGCACGAGAAUUAGAAUUAGCUUUAUGUGGUACAAUGGAAAUUGAUUUAAAUGAUUGGCGUUUAAAUACAGAAUAUCGUGGUGGUUAUCAUAGUCAACAUCAUGUUAUUGAAUGGUUUUGGUUUUGUGUUGAAAAACGUUUUGAUAAUGAACAACGUUUAAAAUUAUUACAAUUUGUUACUGGUACAUCAUCAAUACCUUAUGAAGGCUUUUCAGCAUUACGUGGAUCAAAUGGACCAAGACGUUUUUGUAUUGAACGUUGGGGAAUAUCAGAUGCAUUACCACGUGCACAUACAUGUUUCAAUCGUUUAGAUUUACCAUCAUAUACAUCUUAUGAAAUCUUAUACAAUAAAUUAUUAUUAGCAAUUGAAGAAACAAAUACAUUUGGUAUCCAAUAA